GAUAUUUCGCACGGCGCGGCCCGAGCUAGCACUUGCGAGUGCAGUGAAAUAUCGGGUAUCGGGUUGGCAAUCAUGUCGGCGACUACCGGAACAAUCCCUCGACCGAGUAUUAAGAUUGGAGCAGGAGCGGUAGUGUGUGUAGAAGCAGAACUGAGAGGAGAUAUUACUAUUGGUCCAAGAACUGUUAUCCAUCCCCGAGCCAGGAUAAUUGCAGAAGCAGGCCCUAUUGUCAUAGGAGAGAGCAAUUUAGUAGAAGACCAAGUAGUCAUCAUCAAUAGAAAGCAGCCAGGGCAAGAGGCACCUGUCACCAUGACGAUAGGAGCAAACAAUGUCUUUGAAGUCGGCUCACGGUCUGAAGCAAUUCGUGUUGGUAACAAUAAUGUUGUAGAAUCAAAAGCUUUUAUUGGGAGAGAUACCGAGAUGAGCAAUGGUUGUGUUAUAGGAGCCUUCUGCAAUAUCACCAGCCAUGAGAGACUACCAGAACACACUGUCAUCUUUGGUGAUGACUGCAGAAGAAGAUUACAGGCUGAUAAACCACAGGCUCAGACGCUCCAGCUUGAUUUUCUGAUGAAGAUUCUGCCCAAUUACCACCAUCUCAAGAAGUCCACCAAGACCAAACCAGUAGAGAAGUCUUGAAGAUCAAGAUACUUGAUUAUCAAAAGAUGACCAUUGACUGAUCCUAUGUGUAUGCGAGAUUUUGCCAAUGGUCUGUGACAUAUAUUUCAGUCACACAUAAUGCAGUCCAGGGGAGCGUUUCAUCAACAUUUUUGUCCGACAUGUUGUCAGAUCUGACAUCUUUCCUUGAUUUUGAUUGGCU